ACGUGGCAGUUAAAUAAAUCCAACUCAGAGUUAAAUGCCACCUAAUUAGUUGCCAUCUUCUCAACACUCAAAUUUUCAUAUACAGAGAAAUGAGAUCCAUAGCAGAAACCAUUUUCAUCUCUCAAAUCUUUGAUAGCCAAAUCGUGUGAACCCUAAACCCAAAUCAAAAUUGAUCUGAAAUUGAAGGCUCGACAAGGGCGAUUUGCUCAGUCCGUUGACAUGACGAAAACAAACAAAGAUGCAGUCAAUGUAUUUGACGAAAAUGGAGAUUGGUUUAUCACCGUUGAUGGACUGAAAUUGAUCUUAGCUUCUGCUGUGCUUAAGCAAGAGAGAGCUGCAGAGGAUUGUAUGAAUAUGAUAGUGAAGGUUGAUGGUGAUGGUGUGAUGAAUUUUACAGAGUUUAAGCAAAUGGUGAAAGGGGGUCGAUUUGCUGCAUUAAUUUAGAGGGUGUUUGUGAGUGAUUGUUCACCCCCGAAAGAAUUGAUUUUUUUGACCGUUAUUUCAAUAUUUCAGCUGUAAAGUUUGACUUCUUCUCUUAUAGGUGGCUUCCACUUUUCUCCGAUCAAAAAAUAAUUCUAAAAAUCGCUCCCAAACGGGGCCUUAAUGUGAAUGCGUGUGAGUGUUUUUUUCCGGAAACUUUUUUAUAGGCUAUGUAAAUAUAUUCAUUCAAAGUACUGUUCACCAAAUUCAAGCAUUUUUGAACAAUAAUUUUGGCUUGUUUAAUAUGAUGAUUUAUACUUUUGGACUCGAGAGAUUUAUAUCUCCAAUUUUGUGUUUUUUCUGUUUGAUGGGAAAGAACGAGUGGAUUUUGAGUGCAGUAACGUCUCGCCCGACAAACGAAAAUCAUUAAAAGAUGGAGGUCAGCCCAAUGGUUUUAACGACAGAUGGAAUGUGAUUCCAAUUGAAGAUAAGUAGCCUUUUUUUUGCAAAUGUUGGCAUUGUGCUAUGGCUAUCUUCACAAUUUUAAUUUCCACUAUGUAAUUGAGGAGAAGAAUUCGCUUUAAGUUUCAUGCUUUUGUAGUAAGAACUAGACUUUUUCAUACUUCAAAUUUUGUCUUUCUUAGCCUUUGAUGUUUGAUGUCAUGAUGUACUAGAGCCUAUCAACAGUUUAAUUAUGUUGUGAUGUUUGAAGUUUGCC